AUGUUUGUCUCAUCACUUGCAAAUCUCACAUAUCUCACUCACUUGAACCUUUCCCAUAAUUCACUUUAUGGCACACUUGAAAUCAAAUUCUUCUCGUCCUUGAAUCACCUCAAGAUCAUUGAUUUGAGCUACAACCUUCUUUCUGGAGAGAUACUCUAUUCUCUACCACCCAAAAAUAUUCAGACAAUAGAUUUGUCAAGCAAUCACUUCCAUGGUGCAAUUCCCUCUUCUUUUCUCCAACAAGCUUGGAAUUUGACUAGUUUCAAUGUCAGCAACAACGCCUUCUCUGGGUAUAUCCCUACUUCUAUUUGUCUCCGAUCAUCUCCUUCCAUAAGAGUAUUGGAUUUUUCCUCCAAUGAAUUUAGUGGCAAAUUUUCUCGUGGGCUCGGGGGGUGUUCCAAACUACAGAUUCUUCGUGCUGGUCACAAUAAUUUGUCAGGAUCACUUCCGGAAGACAUCUAUAAUGCUACUAAACUUGAGGAACUUGUAUUACCUCUCAAUUCACUAAAUGGAGCCAUUAGUGAAAGAAUUGCCAACCUCACCUACCUCACAAGCCUUGACCUCUAUUUUAAUAAUUUGAGUGGUGUGAUCCCUCUCAAUUUCGGGAAGCUCUCCAAGUUGAAAUUCAUGAAUUUUGAUUACAACAACUUAGAAGGUAAGUUGCCCCCAUCUUUGAUGAAUUGCACAAACCUUGUAGAACUACAUUUGGGAUUCAACAACUUGGAAGGAGACCUCACAACGUCUAAUUUCUCCAAACUUAGCCACCUUAGUAAACUUGACCUAGUUUGGAAUAACUUCACUGGUAUCUUGCCGAUAAGCCUUUACUCAUGCAGGUCUUUAAAAGCAAUCCGGUUGAGUAGUAAUCCUUACCUAGAAGGACAAAUACAAUAUGAGAUUCUUUCAUUGAAAUCCUUGUCAUUCCUCUCGCUUGUUUCUGUACGGUUGACCAAUAUAACAGGGGCAAUGAAUAUAUUAAGCCGUUGCAGAAGUCUUCGCACACUCAUGUUUAGCGGUUCGUUUGACAGUGAAGCAAUGCCAACUGAUGAUGACAUGGUUGAUUUUCACGGAUUCCAAGAUCUUCGUUUCUUAAGUUUGGCUUCAUGUAGGCUCACUGGUCAGAUACCUGGUUGGUUAUCAAACCUAAAGAAUCUAGAGGUGUUGUUUCUAGGUGCGAAUCAAUUCACAGGGUCAAUUCCAAGUUGGUUGGGGAAUCUUCCAAAUCUCUUUUUGGUGGAUUUGGCAGACAAUAUGAUUUCAGGUAAUCUUCCCAAACAACUUUGUAGAUUACCAAGGUUGGUGGUGAAUGCAUCUUCAAUAGGCAAUUAUGAAUUUGAACUUCCCCUCUUUAACUAUGCAUAUAACAAGGCAUAUGUUUUACCUCGUGGAACGUCUAACCUUCCAUGUAUGAUAGACCUAUCGGCAAAUAACAUUAAUGGUAGUAUACCUACUGAGAUCGGCCAAUUGCAGUUUCUUAGAAAAUUGUUUCUUAACCACAACAACUUCUCCGGCAACAUUCCAAACCAAAUAUCUAGCCUAAAAAAUUUAGAGGCUUUGGACCUCUCCAUGAAUCAUUUGUCCGGAAAAAUCCCUUGGUCCAUGACGAGCCUUAAUUUCUUGAACAAUUUUAAUGUCUCGUACAAUAAUCUUCAAGGAACAAUACCAACAGGCACGCAUCUCCAGAGCUUUGAUGCUUCUACAUUUGUGGGGAACCCUAAACUUUGUGGUGCUCCACUUCCAAAUGAAUGCAGAGAAAUUGAUGCAGAUAACAAGAAUAACGUCGACCAAGAUGUGGACAACAAAGGUGAUGAGCUUCCCUGGUUUUAUAUUUUUGCAACCCUAGGUUUCAUUGUCGGAUUUUGGGGAGUUUGCGGUUCUUUACUUCUUAAGAAGACAUGGAGGUACAAGUAUUUUCAGUUUCUGGAUAAUGUACAAGAUUUGCUCUAUGUGAAGAUGGCAAUAUGCAUGCGCAAGAUGAAGAGAAGGAUUAGGGACUAG